CAUUCUUCAAAUUGAAAGUUGUCACCACAGCAACUUCAACAAUAAUGGCUUUGGCUUCAAUUUUGCAAACUCUUCGCCCGUUUGGACUCAGGGCUCUCCCGAUGACCGCUUCACCUUGUCAAUUCACAACAUGCUGUACCUACCAUGAACGUCCACGUCUGGAUCCUGAAGGAAAAUCGAGUCGAAGUCGACCGCGAGAAGCGGAACAAACAGGUGACGCUGAGCUCCGCAUCAUCAGGCGCAAUCAUGACAGAGAUUACGCACGCAGGAGGCGCUCGAGUGAGAAGUACGUGGCUGCAGAAAGGGCUUCACAAAAAGCACGAAGGGCGAACAACCCAGAAUUGUUGAGCCACGGGUUGCGCGCGUGGGUCACGAGGAACAUGCUCGCCAUCCAAAACAAAAAGUUCGAGUGGAAAGUGGCGACCCCGGUGUAUUCGGAGAAAGUUGAGCAUCUGUGUUCCACCUGCGAUGUCUUCAGGUUUAGGAAGUUGUGGUGGGAACAUCCAAACGGCUUCGAAUGCCAUGAUUGCUACACAAAGAGGGAUUGGAUUACCGAAGUCAGCCCUGUGGGAUUAGAAGACCACAAGUUUGGAGAACUACGGGCACUCAAGAAAAGUCCUUUAGGAGAGCCUAAGCAUUAACUUUUAUGGACUCUUGAUUUAUACCAUGUGCGUUGUCUGGUCUCUGACCAACGUAUAACUCCCUCUGCGUGUUCUCAAAGUUAUAUGAAGGGUCAACCACGCUUUUGUUGUUUUUGAGGAUGAUCGUUGCAG